CAUGGUUUCGUGUUGCACAAUAACAAGAGUGAAGCUGGAAGUUUUCGCCGCCCAACAUGAGUUGGGGCUUGGUUGUGAAGAGGAGAACCUUCUAGCAGCUCCUGAGUCAUGAGUGGCUCCAAGCCGGACAUCCUGUGGUCCCCCCACCACCCGGACCGCUAUGUCAUCUGUGACUCGGAGCUGGGUCUGUACCGCAUCGGGCCAGCGGCGAGCUCAGAGCUCAAAGCUGGUACUGUCCCUCUCUCGGAGGAAACCUCAGCAACCUUGCUGGCCAUCAACUCUGACACCCCCUACAUGAAAUGUGUGGCCUGGUACCCCAAGCAGGAGCCCGAGUGCUUGCUUGCGGUGGGCCAAGCCAAUGGCAGGGUGGUCCUCACCAGCCUGGGUCAGAGCCACAACUCUACCUGCAAAGAGCUGGUGGGGAAAGAGUUUGUGCCCAAGCACGCCCGCCAGUGCAACACUCUUGCCUGGAACCCAGUGGACAGCAACCUGCUGGCGGCCGGCUUGGACAAACACCGGGCGGACUUCUCCGUCCUCAUCUGGGACAUCAGCAGCAAGUUUUCCUCAGAAGCCGGCGUAGCGGCUGAAAAGAUCCGUCUUUCCUCCGCAGAUGUGGACUUGAGCGCCGUCGUGACGAAGCCGCUGUACGACCUGGGCCAAAACGACGCUUGUCUGUCGCUCUGCUGGCUCCUCCGCGACCCCAAGCUCCUGCUGGCCGGCAUGCAUCGCAACCUGGCCAUUUUUGACCUGAGGAACACCAGCCAGAAGACCUUUGUCAACACCAAAGCCAUCCAGGGGGUCACGGUGGACCCCCACUUUCCUGAUCGCGUGGCCUCCUACUUUGAGGGCCAGGUGGCCAUCUGGGACCUGAGGAAGUUUGAGAAGCCUGUGCUCACCCUCACCGAGCAGCCCAAGCCUCUAACCAAGGUGGCGUGGUGUCCAACACGCACGGGCCUGCUGGCCACUCUGACCCGUGACAGCAACAUCAUCCGCCUGUACGACAUGCAGCACACGCCCACGCCCAUCGGGGAUGAGACGGAGCCCACCAUCAUUGAGCGCAGCGUGCAGCCAUGCGACAGCCAGAUCGGCAGCUUCGCCUGGCACCCGUCCUCCCAGAACCGCAUGGUGGUGGUGUCGGCGGCCAACCGCGCCAUGACCGACUUCACCGUGUUCGAGCGCAUCUCGCUGGCGUGGAGCUCCACCACCUCGCUCAGGUGGGCGUGCGGCCGGCACCUGUACGACUGCGUGGAGGACGGGGCGGAGGGCCUGGAGAGCGUCUUGGAGAAGGACAUCGCCACCAAGAUGAGGCAGAGGGCUCAGUCCAGGUACGGACAUGAUACCGUCCAAGUGUGGAGGAACCACCUUCUGGCUGGAGGCAACGACUCGCAGCUGAAAUCCCUGUGGUUUGACCUGUUCUAUAUGAAGCAGUGCGCUGAUGAUAUUGAGUUGAAGCUGCAGGGCAGCAAGCAGACCGUUGUCUACUCUGGUAUCAAGAACAUCGUCAAGAACAGCUCAGGCACCACCGAGAGCCAUAAAUGCUGGAGUGGCUCGGACCGCCAGACCGACGUGACCCGGUAUCACAGCGAGGAGCGUAGCCUCGCCCUGCGGCUCUGCGGCUGGAUCGGCCGGGGUCCCGACAUCGACGUGGAGCCCUUCCUGCGCUCGCUGGAGCAGGAGCGCGAGUGGGAGCGGGCGGCCGCCGUGGCUCUCUUCAACCUGGACAUCCGCCGAGCCAUCCAGAUCCUCAACAAGGGGGCCAUGGCCGACAAGGGUGACCUGAACCUCAAUGUGGUUGCCAUGGCGCUGUCAGGUUACACGGAUGAAAAGGCCUCCCUGUGGCGGGAGAUGUGCAGCUCACUGAGGCUGCAGCUCAACAACCCCUACCUCUGCGUCAUGUUCGCCUUCCUCACCAGCGAGCCCAGAGCCUACGACGGCGUGCUGUACGAGAGCAGCGUGGCAGUGCGUGACCGUGUCGCCUUCGCCGCCAUGUUCCUCAGCGAUGCUCAGCUUCCUCGCUAUGUCGACAAGCUGACCGGUGAGAUGACGGAGGCGGGAAACCUGGAGGGCAUCCUGCUGACGGGGCUGACCAAAGACGGCGUGGACCUCAUGGAGAGUUACGUGGACCGAACCGGGGACGUCCAGACUGCCAGCUUCUGUAUGCUCAAGGGUUCCCCAGGUGAGGUGCUGAAGGACUCCAGAGUCCAGUGCUGGAUCGAGAACUACCGGAACCUGCUGGAUGCGUGGAGGUUCUGGCACAAGCGGGCCGAGUUUGACAUCCAUCGAGGCAAACUGGACCCCAGCUCCAAACCUCUGGCCCAGGUGUUUGUGAGCUGCAACUUCUGCGGCAAGUCCAUCUCGUACAGCUGCUCGGCCAUGCCUCACCAGGGCCGAGGCUUCAGCCAGUACGGCGUCAGCGGCUCGCCCACCAAGUCGAAGGUCACCAGUUGCCCCGGCUGCAGGAAGCCGCUGCCGCGCUGUGCCCUCUGCCUCAUGAACAUGGGGACGCCCGUGUCCAACUGCACAGGAACGGGGAAGUCGGACGAGAAGGUCGAUUUGACAAGGGAGAACAAACUAGCUCAGUUUAACAACUGGUUCACCUGGUGUCAUAACUGUCGCCAUGGCGGCCAUGCUGGCCACAUGCUCAGCUGGUUCAGAGACCACACCGAGUGCCCUGUGUCGGCGUGCACGUGUAAGUGCAUGCAGCUGGACACUACGGGGAACCUGGCGCCCUCGGACAGCAGCUAAACACGAAAGAACCUCCAGGAGGUUUGACGCCGGGCGGCACCGCGACCUCCUCUCAAGCGGGCCGCUUUCAUUUCUGUCCAGGUCUUGUCACGUUACAGCAAGUCCAGUACCAAGAAGGGAAAGAGUGUGACUGAAUCACUGGCUGAAGGGAGAAAACUCACCAGAGUCCCUCUCAGGAGAUUUCACAUGGAGGCUGUGCCGCAGUCGGCCUCUGGCAGUCUAACCUGAAUCAGGCUUUGGGUUUUUAUUGUCAUCAAUAAAGAAUAAUCGCCACUCAUACUUUUGAGUCGUUAAAAUGUGAUCGUAGGUGCCAAACAUGUCACAGCUGCUCGUUUUUGGAAUAUUCUGUUUAAUUCACAACUGUGUUUUUUUUCCUCUUCAUACCUCAUGAAAACAUUGUUUGGGCUGAAGGAUGGUACCCAGGGUGAUGGGGAGGGAAUAGCGCACUUUUACAACAACUGCCUCGCUUUCUUCGUGUUACUUCUCUUCAUCUGGGGGGGGGGGGAUAGAAACUGAGUAAUGGAAGGAGGUAGGGGUUGGGGAGAGCGGGAGGGUGCGCCUGCAUUCAGCGGCCCACUCCAGGCUUGUGGUGCAUGAAAAGAAGCUCCCCAGAAAACAGCAGCUGCUCGGCAUUCUGACAAGACCCUCCAGAUUGCACCCCCUUUCCCCUCCCAUACAGAAGCUCAGCUGCCGGAACACUAUUGACUCAAAGAACGGGCGAGAGAACAGACAGGAUCUCCUUCCCUCCCUCACCCUCCGACAUACACCGCCCUGCCCUCUCUUUCUUUCAGUCUCCCUCCCCAGUGCCCAAAAUGCCCCCCAACACUAUGCAUACCAAUCAUCAAGCCAAGGACGGGUGCCGUCUGCUCGUGGGGGGGACGACCGGGUGUAAGCCGCAUUGUAAAUGUUUUUCCUUUCUUUCUCUGUCACCAACCCAAGGAGGCAUUGUCGGAGCUAAAUCACUUAGUCAUGGAGGAGGGGGUGUUUGGUCCGUGAGCUACUGUAUGCUGCUUUCUUAGUGCUGUUUUGGAGUGUGGGCUGACAAAUUGGCAAAUUGUGUAGUGCCCCUUAAAAACAUUAAAAAAAUAGUGAUUGUA